CAAGCCAUCGAUUCAUCAAAGCUCCAUAUAUGAAGGAGAUGGUCCCAUAGUGGAAUGUGAUCCUAUAAUGGGGAUAAGAGCCGGUCUUGGUCUGGCCCAUGGCCAACGCUCUAUUUAUAGAACCCUGCAAGUUUUAGGAAAGACACAACUCUAAACCUACAACCUUGUAUCGUGCGUGGUCUUGUUAAAUGGCUCCUACCUAUCCCGACUGGACGAGACGCCACAAGAUCUGCGACGUGCCUCCCUAUGUAACAGAUUCGGAUUGCCGCCCUAUAUAUAAGGGAGAAACGCCGAGGAAGUUCGAGUUUCCCACGGGCCUCCCAAUGAGGACCCGGGUGGCGGCACACAAGGCGAGCGAUUUCUACGUGGGCAAGUACGUCCAGGCUGUGGAGCUGAUGAAGAAGCUUCCAGACGAGGACCCCAGGAAUUUCACGGAGCAGGCAAAGAUCCACGCCGCCUACUGCCACAGCGCAUACUACAUGGGAAAGACGGACAAGGCCUUCAAGGUGCAUGGCGGGUGGUUCUUUCUCCCUUGGCACCGCUGGUACCUCUACUUUUACGAGCGCAUUUUGGCCAAGCUUUUGGGGGAUGAUACCUUUGCGCUGCCCUUCUGGAACUGGGAUUUUGAAGGGGGCAUGACCAUUCCGCUCAUGUACAUGGACCAUAGCUUCAAGAAUGAUAUCUCGCCGCUCUAUGACGAGAAUAGAAACCCCGAGCACGCAAACGCGUUUGUUGACUUGGGAUAUGGUAAAAUAAAAAAGCCCAUAUCUUCUUUGUCUCGUGAGAAUCUGAUUUGGAAAAACUACAUGAUCAUGUUCAUGCAAGUUGUCGUCCUGGGCGCAAGCACCCGGACCUUCCACGGAGAGAAAAUCACAGAGACCAGCUCGAAAUGCACUUGCGGGGCAGGGACGCUGGAGUAUAUGCCACAUAACACAGUUCAUAAUUGGACUGGUACCGUCCCUACCGGUAAGAAAGACUGCGAUUGCCCGAGCAAGACAUGCUAUGGGGAAGACAUGGGAAUAUUUUACAGCGCUGCACGGGAUCCCAUUUUUUUUGCCCACCACGCCAACGUCGACCGGGUGUGGACUCUCUGGAAGACGCAGCUCGACGGGAAGGACUACGAUGACCCGGAUCUGCUCGACACCAAGUUUUACUUCUACGACGAAAACGCGAAAUUUGUAGAGGUCCGCGCCGGCGACGCCUUCGACCCGGAGAAGCUUCGUUACAAGUACGAAGAUUCACCCAGUCCUUGGCUGAUCAGACCCAUUCCUUGGCUCAUGAAACCCAUUGCCGCAGCCGCCAUUGAGAGGGCGGCUCAGUGUACUCUGCCAACAUUGGACUUGCAGACAAACCCAACUUUCAGUGGGCCAGUGAAGCUGACUGUUCCAAGGGACCCGCCGUCGUCGACAAUCAAGGAGCUGCUUGUGAUCGAAGGGAUACGUGCGCAGAGAAACAUCGCUGUUAAGUUUGACGUGUUUGUACAGCUGGAUGACUGUUUGGCAGCUACACCUUACGUGGACACGAUGCCACCUGAAUAUGCCGGAACGUUUGUGGAGCUCCCGCGUGGCGACAAUAUAGAUGACCCGGAGUGCGGGUGCGGGCAGUCGUCGGUGCACACUGUGAUUUCUGAGGUGUUGGGGAAUUUGGGUGUUGGGCAAGAGGAAGAGAGUAUUAAGGUGACUCUCAUCCCCAAAGUAGACCUUCAACAACCCAUUCGAAUCUCUGCUGUGAGAAUAGAGCACGAAUGAUCUUGAUAAAGAUCCUGUUUCUCCUCGUUUAUGUGUGUUCUCAUGUGUAAUAAAAAGUGCGCACGGCGUUUGCAUUCAGGUUGAAUAACCUGAGUACAUUGUUUCUGUGUAAUAUCUGUACACAGUGUGUGCACGGUUUGUGUGUGCCAAUAUAUGUAGUGUUUGUGUGUAUUCAGGUCGAAUAACUUGUGUACACAGACAGUGUGCUUGUGUGCCAAUCUAUGUAGUGUUUGUGUGUAUUCAGGUCGAAUAACUUGUGUACGCAGACAGUGUGCUUGUGUGCCAAUCUAUGUAGUGUUUGUGUGUAUUCAGGUCGAAUAACCUAUGUACACAGUGUAUUCAGGUCGAAUAACCUGUGUACACUGUUUGUGUACCAAUCUAUGUAGUGUUUGUGUGUCAUGUUUAUUUAUUUAGUAUACAGUAUUGGGGAUGUGGGAUUUGGGAGUUUUGGUUUGAU